ACGCUAUAUAUACACCCACAUUAUAGUUAUAUCUUAUACACCCUCACCUUCAUAUCUUUCACUUGCAUAAUUUUCUUGGAGCAUUCCUCAUAUAUAGAACCGUCUCACUUAAUCGCUUUGUUGCGCUUAAACCAUGUCGUCAGAGAAACAAGCCCAAUUGAAUGGGGCAUACUACGGCCCCUCAGUCCCACCACCACGCCAAUCCUACCACCCUGGCCGCCGUGGCCGCGGCUGCGGCUGCUGCGGCUGCCUGUUUAGAUUCCUUUUGGGUGUCAUAGUCUCUGUAGUUGUCACCCUUGGCCUUGCUACCCUCAUCCUUUGGCUCAUCUUUCGACCCAAUAACAUCAAGUUCCAUGUCACGGACGCCUCGCUUACCCAGUUCAAUUUAACCGCCACCAACAAUCUCCAAUACAACCUUGCGCUUAACAUCACCGCCAGAAACCCCAAUAAGAAGAUUGGUGUCUACUACGAACUCAUCUCGGCCAGGGCAUACUACGAGGACCAGCGUUUCGGUUCAAGUGAUUUGGAGCCGUUUUACCAAGGGCACAAGAAUACGAGUGUUUUGAGCCCGGUGUUUGUAGGCCAGCAAUUGUUGGUGCUUGGGGCCGAUGAGCUUUCGGAGUUCAAUGUAGAAAAGAAUGCUGGGGUUUACAACAUUGACGUGAAGCUCUAUCUCCGGAUUAAGUUCAAGGUAGGAAAGAUCAAGACAUGGCGUUUCAAGCCCAAGGUCAAAUGCGAAUUGAAACUUCCUUUAAGUGCCAACGGGACUUCAGCAGGUGGUUUUGAGACUACCAAGUGCGACAUCGAUUACUGAUCGACCCGGCCACCUUUUCUUCUUGUUUGAUCGAUCAGUCUUUUAUUUAUUUAUUUAUUCAUUUAAGUUUAGGUGAUAUUGUUGUUAUAUUUUUUGCAGACCUCAUGACUAGUAUAUGUUUGUUUAUGAGAGAUCAUUAUAUGAUGUAGUAGAUUAUAUUGUGUUGUUAUAUUUGACUGUUGGAUUUAUCAUAUUUUAUUAAUUUGUUGCUUUCGUUGUGCAUGUAAGUAAAUAAAUAAAUCGUUAAUAUGGUCGCCAUUCUUUAGUU